CUUUCAAAACAUGGCUACCGGCAGAUUACCUAUCGUGGUUGUUUUGGGUGCCACAGGAGCAGGGAAAUCGAAACUUGCAGUUGAGAUUGCCAAGAUUUUCUGUGGUGAAAUCAUAAGUGCAGACUCAAUGCAAAUCUACAAAGGAUUGGAUAUUAUCACUAACAAAGUAACAGAAGAAGAGAAGAUGGGAUGCCCCCAUCAUUUGAUGAGCUAUUUAGAUGUAGACACCAAAUACUAUAAUGUUGUGGAGUUCAGGGAUGCUGCUCUUCCUGUUCUCAGUGACAUUAUGUCCAGGAAGAAGCUACCAAUCAUUGUUGGAGGGACUAACUAUUACAUUGAAAGUUUGCUGUGGGAUUUUUUAAUUGACAAAAGGAUGACAGUGAACAAAGCAAAGGAGAAGGUGGCGUCGUCAAGACACGACCAUUUGAAAAGCGAUUUAACCGUUUGGAGUAGCUUUGUAAAAUCUUCAGCUUAUUGCUCGUCUUCACCAAGUCCAGGACUCCUUCAAGCGAGUUCUUUUGACACAAUCUCACAUGGUUCAGAUGGCCUUGGUGAUAAGUCAUUCGCUAGUGGCACCCCUUGUCGGAUAUCUUCAGUUAGUGCCAGCACUCCAUGUGCGCACGGCUCACAGCCUCAUUUGAAUAGCACCGCGUCAUUACGCACAAACCCUAGUGACAUGGAUAGCAACAAUGACAUCAUAGUAAGCCGAUGCCAACGUGAAAUAUCUAAAACAGCGGAUUACACAAAUACUGAUUUGGAUAUCGUUCUACGACUUUGUCCUAACACAGCGGAUAACACAAAUAUCACUACAUCACGAGCGUGCCCUGAAGCAUUGGAUAGCAACGCUUCGACUGGGCAGCUACAGAACCUCCCCAACAUUGGAUUUAAUAACGACCUUCAGCAGAGGGAGCACUCGCGACCAGAUAGUCCCGGGGAUGUUCCCGGCUCUUCAGACAAAGGUUUGGACGAAAUGCUGAACGAACUUCUCGCCAAGAGUUCUGCAGAGCUUUACGCAGAGCUGGAGCGUGUGGAUCCCGAGGUUGCAAAACUACAUCACCCAAACAACAAAAGAAAGAUCGUCAGGGCACUUCAAGUGUACCUUCAGACUGGUCAGCCAAUGUCUUCCAUCUUGAGGGAGCAGCAUCAAGGGCAAGACCAUCUUAAAAGUGGACCUUUGCGUUGUCCGAACCCCUGUAUACUGUGGAUAAAAUGUGACAGUGCAGUGCUGGACCAAAGGCUGGACAGCAGAGUGGAUGACAUGUUGGAACGAGGUCUGAUCUCCGAGCUGGACACUUUCUAUCACAAGAUCCAGACGAUGGAGUCCCAGCACGCUAGUAGUUCUCCAGAUGAUAACUUUGACUACACUCAUGGAGUACUUCAGAUGAUUGGCUUUAAAGAGUUUGGUAGCUACCUAAAACUGACACCCGAACAGAGAGCAUCAGAGGAAGGAAGGAAAGAGUUUGAACAAGGUGUUUCUCAGUUAAAACUUGCUACUCGAAAGUAUGCCAGGAAACAGCUGAAAUGGAUUCAAAACAGAUUCUGUGCACGUCCUGGUAGCAAUGUUCCACCAGUGUAUGCUGUAGACUCAACAGAUCUCAAACAGUGGAAUCAAACUGUACAGGAAGCUUUAGAUGUAGUCACUGCCUUCAUGCAGGGCAAGACACCAGAGAAAGAGCCAGUCUCCAUCACCAGGAAGUUGAAUGCAGUGCCAGCUAGAAAUGUUUGCAAUGUUUGUGCUGGACAAAUUUUCAUACGUCUUGAUGAAUGGCAAGAGCAUCUGAAAACUAAGAAACACAAACACAACUUGAAGUCCAUCACAAAACAGAGACAGAAACUUUGUGACACUUUGGAGGCCAGAGCUGCACAGCUUGCAUCAACUCAACAGACAGCAGUACCUGAGAGUCAAGCAGACAAAACAGAAGGAGAAUAGAAGAAUAUUGGACCAGAUUUGUUUGAUAUGUAACUAAAAAAUGUGAUCAAAUGUUGAUGUAUAUGAAUGUAGCAUGUUGUUUGACCUCGUGCAAGCAGGCAUGACA